GACAAUGUGCGUCUGCGUCACUGGUUGCUAAGAGCAACGCUCUUCAAACUCACAAGUUUAAUCAGACAACUCAACUCUUUUAAAUGGGACCUUAAUAGUAUUUUCGAAAGGGAAUUAAUUACCUUCAUUUUAUCGCACUCAUAUCUCUGUAUCAGGAAAAAAAACAGAUGAAGUUUUGAUGGCGAUGCCAACAGAUCAGAGCAGCGAGAAGGCAGUUCGUGCUGCAUUAACCGCUCAGUCUUUACUUCAGAAAUAUGACCGCAAAGAUCUGCAAGAAGUGCUCAGCCUGACCUCCUGUAACUGGCUGUUCAGUGCUGAGGAACACAACCUGCCGGUGGAUGUACCCGCUGGCAUCAUCAGACAAAUGAGGAACAUAUUAGCGCCCAACAUCAUUGUUCUGGCUCCCUUUGACUCCGGUUUGCCCCUGGAUUACAGAACGGUCCACCAGAUUGUGAGGGAGCUGACUCUGGGAAUAUAUGGUUUUAACCAACUCCCCGUCGUCAGUCUGGUACCCAACUAUGACCAGAGCUCCACGUGCCAGCUACCACCAGCAUAUAACGACACAAAAGUCGGCCAGAUACUAAUAAACAUAGAUUAUACCAUGAAGGCUCUCUGGCACGGGAGUUACAUUCCUAGAGAAAAACGAAUGCGCUUCUCUGAGUUAUGGAGGUCCAUCAUGGCCGUGGAUUCAGAUGGUGUUCCUCAAACGAAGAAAGAUGUGCUUACAGAGUUCCUCAGUGCAGGUUUAACAGACAUCUCAGAUGAUCCAUGUUAUCGGGACAUUUAUAAGGAGUACAUGGAUGUAGACCCAACUUAUGAACCCAACAGCACAGAGGAGGAGAACCUCUUCUCACAAUACUCUGAAAACAUUCUGAUCAAGCUGAGCGCCUACCUGACCUCUGUCCGCCAGCACCAAAAUCUGUUCGUGUUUGAGGCGUCUCACAGCCUGUCUGAUGUGGUCCGACUCACUGAGGACAACAUUGAUCUGGCCACCUACCAGAGGCUACAGAAGAGGCUGUCAGACCACGUUAGUCUGGUGAGGAAGCACCUCGAGAGGAACGCAGAAGUCUCCAGGGACCUCGUCUAUCUGAAACUCAUCACGUUCCUGGUGCCCCUGCUGAUAUCCUUGAGGAAAAAGAUGCUGAUUCCUAAUUUUUCUCAAAUGCUCCCACCUUUGUCAGAUGACAAGCUGAAAACAGAGCGAGAGGUUCCUCCACAUCUCCUCGGACCAGACUUUGCCUGCAAGCACUUUCCACAGAAGCAGAAUCAGUAUUUUCACCUUCACGGAGGGAUCGAAUUCGACGUGGGGACUCCUCCUCUUGAUGACAUCACUGAGGAAAUGAAGGUAGCUUUCAGAACACUUCAGACUCAAGCCGCCAAUUACCUUUAUGAGUUACUUCGUCAGGACUCCACUUAUAAAACGCAGUUUCCAAUUCCACUCAGUGAGAUUGAAGGGAAAAGCUAUAAUGUCAUCUGCAUUGAGUUAGAGUCGCUUUAUCCUCAACAUAACAUGAUUCAGUGGUGGGGGGCUUUAAACACUUCCAUCAAAAUCCUCAAAGGGAAGAGACUGCCUUUGACAGACAUUGAGCUACACGAGCAGUUCAAGAAAACAUUUGGGUACACAAAAGCCAUAAAGUGCAAGACUGUAGCGUUUGGGCUGAAGGCAGCAGCAGAGAGAGGAAUGUGUGCAGCGUUUCACUCACUGAGUCGCAGGAACCCGACGUCCCAUCUGCACGUUCUUGAUGAGCAGGGUCUCUCUCUGCUUCACCACGCUGCAGCCAACAACCAAUCACACAUCAUCCUCCAGCUCGCUGCGGCAGGAGUCAACCUCAACCAGAUACGCAGCGAGAGAUUCACUAACUCAGGAAAAUCAGUUGUUGGAGGUCCAUUCCUAGAAGGAGCAGGGCUCACUCCAAUGCACCUGGCUGCACAAUGUGGCUCCCUUGAAUCCCUAAACUGUCUUCUAGCACUGCGAGCAGACUACAAACUUGUGGACAAGAGGGGUUGGAAGGCUAUUCAUUUUGCAGCUUUUUACGACCAAGUGGCAUGUAUUCAAGCACUAUGUAGGAAAGACCCUGCCUUAUUGGAGAUGAAGACCACUGCUGAUUAUGGCAGUUCACCGCUGUUAUUGUCAGCGACCUCGGGUUCAGUGGAAGCUCUGGACGUCCUGUUGUCCACUGGGGCAAACUGGAGAGAGGAAGACAGCAAGGGCAAUAACACUGUCCACCUGGCAGCACUUUACUUUCACACAGAUGUCCUUAGGCACCUCAUUCAGCUGAACUUGGAUGGGCUUCCUGUGUGGAAGAUUCUUGUCGAAAUGAUCCAGAGCCAGGACGACAGACGGCUGGAGAUGGCCCUCAGGUGCCUUGAGGCUCUUUGUGUAAACAUUGAGUCCUCCUGUGAGGAUAUAAUGAAAGCAGGAGGUAUUCCAGUGCUGGUGGGCCUCCUUUGUUCAGAUAGACUGGUGGUGCAGUGUAUGGCUACAGCUGUGCUGUGUCAUAUGUCAGAGAAUAGGAAAGUCUGUGAAGAUCUGGUGCAUCAUGGUGCCGUACCAGUGCUGAUCAAGCUCCUCAGCGGCCACCAGCCGGAGCUGCACUCUCGCUGUGCUGUUAUACUGGCCGAUCUGGCAGGACACAGUGAACAGCACCAAAACCUCAUUGCUCAGUUGGGUGGGGUGGCCUCGGUAGUCAAGCUCCUGACCUCUGACCUCCAAGAUGUGCUGGUAAAUGCUGUCAGAUGCAUCCGUACACUAUGCGUCAAAAGCCCGUGCAACCAAACCGCUGUUGCACAUGCUGGAGGAGUUCCACAUCUUGUUGAAUUCCUGUCUGUGAACUCUGAAGUACUACAGGAAGAGGCCUGCUUGGCUCUUGCAGAGCUGGCUCGGGGUCACCAGGAGAACCAGGAGCUCAUCUGUGAGGCAGGAGCGGUCAGUGUCCUGGUGCAAGCCCUGCGAGAGAGGAAGGUUCCUGUUAAGGUCAAGGCAGCCACAGCGCUUGAAUCCAUAGCCAGUCAAAAUCCUGCCAUCCAACAGUGCUUCCUUAGGCAAUCGGCUGCCAAGAUUUUACAACUUUUAAAGGUGUUUCAGCUGGAUGUGCGGGAACAGGGUGCAACAGCUCUAUGGGCCCUGGCAGGACAAACUCUGAAGCAACAGAAGCUCAUGGCACAGCAGAUGGGUUACCCGGUCAUCCUUGACCUUCUUCUGUCCUCUUCAGACAAAAUGCAAUACGUGGGCUGCCGAGCGGCAAUAGCGCUUAGCCGAGAUAGUCGAACCCAUCAGGAUGGCUUUUGCAGGGAGUAUGGGGUGCUGCCUUUGGUGCGUUUGCUUCGAGGGUCUCGAACAACACUGAAGACCCUGCUCAGUGUGAUCAAAGCUCUGGGUUGUUUGUGCAUUGGAGUGGCACUCACUACUAAUAAAAAGAGUCAAAAGAUUAUUUACAGAGAAAAGGCCAUUCCGACAUUAUUAGAGCUUUUAAAAACCCAUGAAUCUCUGGAGGUAAAGGUGCAAGUGGCUAAGACUCUUGCCUGCGUGCUGCUGGGGAACCAAAAACUCCAGAGGGAAUUCUGGGAACAAGAGGACUUCUCUUACGAUAUCAUUCUGGAGCUCAUGGGGGCUGAAAACAAAAGCAUUUGUCUGGAUGCCGGACAUGCAUUGUCCCUGUUUGCUUACAACAACAAAGCCCAACAGAAGGCAAUUCGACAAACAGGAAGAAUUCUAAUGAACACAUACGAGAUAUUUUUGAGUUCUGACAAUGAGACAGAAAGAGCAAAAGCUGCAUUUCAGAUAGUUGUGUUAGCCAGAGUAAUUAGUGGAUCAGAUGAAGUGACUCUGACUGCAAGGGGAGUCACUGUUCUUGUUGAAUUACUGCAGUCUGACCAAUCCACCACUGUGGUCAUUACAGCACAACUACUUGCUAGCCUGGUUCACACAAGAGCAGGUAUUACUAAUGCGAUCGUCACCAUGGGUGCUGUAGAGCAUCUCUCUGCUCAUCUGGACUCAGAGGAUGAAGAGGUUCGAACAGCUUGUGCAAGUGCUCUGGGUUACCUGACCUCCAAUCGAUAUGCUCAUCGACAGCUUCUGGCCAAAUGUAGAAAAUCCCCUCACAUAUAUGACCUACUAAUGGAGAAUUUAGCUAAAGAUGCCAGAAUAUCGCAAUUCUUUACAGCAGAGUUCGAAAGACAGAGAAGAAUAGGGUUUCCGUCUCUCAGUUUGGAGAUAAAUGGCGGCCCUCCUGUGCCUCAUCGUGAUAAUAAAGGACUGGCAAAGAGAGUGAAUGAUGGGUGUAGCCGGUCAGCAAUUGGUGACAGAGAAACAACAGCUCCUUUGCCACACCAUGGAAGACAGAGGGCCAGAACCGCCAACCCUAGAGUCAAAAUGGGACAGACGUCCUACAACAGUGCCCCAAAAUAUUGAAUGAAUGAAAAUACAUGAAAGGUCAUGAUCUCCGGCAUUGCCCUUAACACCAAAUUUAACCAAAAGGUGAUUGAAAAGAAAUAACAUCAUAAACUUUGAAUUAAAGCAUUAAAGCAAACCAGAAACAAUUACAUUUCUUUAAAUAAAUAAUCAUUUAUUAAUAAGUAGGAAAUGUCCUUUCAACAGCAUGUCAAGAGUUUAUACUAAGUUUUAAUGGGGGAAGUCUGAUUGCAGCAUCUUUAACUUCUGAAGUGAUGUCUAAUUCAAGUGGUCCCUAAAAAUGAAAUAAAACAGACUCCUAUCAUAUGCAAUCAGUGCUGGUAGAUUACUUACAAACUGUCUGUUACUGAUCACAAAUUACAUGAUGAAAAUUAGUAAUGUAAUCUAUUAGAUUACACAUUUCUGGUAAUCUAAUCGGACUAUAUUUGAUGACUUUUGACCUAUGAUUUAAAUAGGAUUAUUUUGUAUCUCACUGUCAAAAACAUAAAGAGAAACAACACAUAUUCCAUUCUUUAUCAACAACAAGAAGUGCAUUAAACAGCACAUUACAUCAGAGUUUCCUAAAGUGGGGUUUUUGAGUUGAUGGAAAGCU